CUGAAAGAGUAAUUGUGAAACCUCCAACAUUACACCAUCAACAGAAGACGUCUGUUUCUCUCAGUCCGGUCAUCUAAACCAGAAGCUGCCUCAGCAGUAGGAAGAGGAGAGAGGAAGAUGCAUCUCAUAGGCCUGCGUAGGACCGCGGUUGUUUAAAUAGACGGAAGGUUGCUUGUAUUUGUCUUGUGAUGUAAAAGGAAUCUCUUUUUUCUUUAGUCUGUAUCUGUUUCAACCUGAUAAGUUUGUGUAACAUCAUGGCAGAAUGCUGGAAACAGCUGAUCAAGCCUGAGCUUUCAUGGCUUUACAGUGAGGCAGAUGUUUGUGGACUGAUUUUGAUCAUACUGGUGCAAUCAUGCAACAUACGCUCACAAUAUUAUCCAGCUGUUUUGAUGAAUAUCCUGUAAGUACUGAGUACCUAAAGUAAUACUACAUGAGUUUCUGACCUUAAAGCAGAACUGCUGAACUUUGGCAGGUUUUGAUGCUUUGGUGUCCCUAAUGAAGGCUGAUUCAGCCUCUGUCUUCCAUCCUGUCUCGUCCCUGAGCUCUACAGCCAGUAGAAGUCAGUCCAGAGUCGACUCCUGCCUUAUCUCUGUCACUUCCUCUCUUUUCCUCACCUCCUCCAUAACGUUCUUUUCUGUUUAUUUCUGAAUCAGCCAUAUGUGUGUGUGGAAAAUGGGCAUUGUGUUUAUAUACAUGGUGACAUGUGAUGCAGUGACGUCUUGGGACGCUGCAGGGCAACGACGACUUCCGGAAUAUACAUAAAAAAUGUCAAUGUGCUAGCAAAAUAAGCAAGAAACACAGAGUUUUAAAGCAAAAAUAUAUAUAUUUCUGACCUUAAAACCCUUUUUAAUAUUUAAUUUUCUGUGUUGCAGUGUGUUCAAUUUAAUUUAAAACAACAACUACAAAAUACAAAUCUGAGGUUUAAAUAGUUUCCACAGGUUGCAGGAUUAUAGUGUCUCACCUCUCAGUUUCUAAUUUAAUGUCAUAUCAAAUACUCCUUCCACACUUCCCUAGAAAUGAUUCAGUUAAUGUAACUUUUUAUUCUUCUUUUGUGGUUUUUCACUCUCAUGUUUUCUGUCCUGAUCUUUCACCAGAUGCAAAUGUUAAGAAAACAGAAACCCCACAUCUUAAAACUAGUAUGUGAGGAAAAAUGUUUGCAUUUUACUCAAAAUAACACUGAACUUCUCAGGGCAAACAUGUGAUAACCAACCUCUACUCUCUCUGUUGGCCUUUAUUUUUUAUAAAGUAUCAUUAAAGGCAUUAAUGAGCAACCUCCAGAAUCAUUUCCUCUGACUGAAUGAACCAGAUAUUUGUGUUAAUUUCUGCUCCACUUCCCUGCAGUGGUCUGUGACUCAGCCACAUGCCAGCAUAGCAUCACAUGAGGCUGAUUAUCCAUGUAAGUCUCCAUGACCAAAACAACGCUUUCUUUUUACCUAAAUGACUCAAGCGUGAUUGUGCAGUCCGUAUGGCUGGCCAGGACUCCUCUGGUUAUCUCUAUCUGGUCUCUCACUCUGCUUUACAAGUGGCUGAAAGAAAGAGGGCAACAAAACAGUUACUGUCUAAACUAAAGGUUUACUCAAGAGAAGAUUGUUUUUAUCCUGUCAGUAGCACAGCAGAUGGACAACGCAGGGGUGAAAAGAGGAAUUGUGAUUAAAGAUGAGUGGCCGGGUUACAACCUGGAGCUGUUCACCUACCCUGAACACUACCACCAAGACAUAGAAAAUGUUUAUAUUCCACAUGGGAUCAUCAUGAACAGGAUAGAGCGUUUGGCCCGCUACAUCGUGGAGGAUUUUGGGGACAACAACAUAAUGGUGCUGUGCGUCCUGAAGGGAGGCUACAAGUUCUGUGCAGACCUGGUGGAGUUCAUCAAGAUUCUGGGCCGCAACUCCAACCAGUACCUGGAGACACGAGUGGAGUUCAUCCGUUUGAAGAGCUACUUGAAUGACCAAUCAACAGAGGACCUGCACAUCGUAGGAAGCAGUGAUCUGUCUUUUCUACGUGGAAAGAGUGUGCUCAUUGUUGAGGCCAUAGUCGACACAGGAAAGACCAUGAAGGCCCUUCUGAAGCAUGUAGAGACCUUUAAACCGAAGAUGGUCAAGGUUGCAGGGCUGCUGGUGAAGAGGGUGCCUAACAUGGCUGAAAGUCUGACAGACUAUGUUGGAUUUGAAAUUCCCAACCGAUUUGUUGUUGGCUAUGCCCUGGACUACAAUGAAUAUUUCCGUGACCUGGAGGUACGUUCUAAGUUCACUAUCACUGCUAUGCGGACAGAAUAUGACCUUUUGAAGAGCUUUAAAGAAUGAGAUUAAAGAGACAGGAACUGAGAGUCAACACAGUAAAUCAAAGAGAUGUUCUCCUUUCCCUGAAACCUAAACUUACCCUACAGGUAUCCUCCCUGCCUGAGGAGGUUUUACAUGUAAGCAAAGCAGCCCAGGCCCUUUGAGUCUGUGCUAUGGUUUCUGUUUGAUCCUGUUUGUAAGAUAUUUGUUUAAAACUUUACUUUAAAUAGAGCUAUACAUAUAAGAGCUAGUUUCUCAACACUUUUUACAAUUGAACAAUAGUGAAUUUUAAGUAUGGGUGUGGACAUUAAUUUUUGAGCACCUGUGGAAGAUCUGGAUCAAAUAAAAACUUUGCAUUAGCUUGUUUGGGUUGCAGUAACCAGUCCUGACCAAGUCAUGCAGUAAAUUCCAGCCAACCUGUCUACUUGUUCUGAAAAUACGAUCAUAUAAAAGGACAGAAAUGCUUCGCCCAUUUAUUUUCACAUUUAUAAUUACGUUUUUUGGCGCACAUUUCAACCACAUAUGUUAAAGUCUGCAUUUUGACGCAAAAAUUAAAAGUACAUUACAUAAAAUGUUAAUGGUUUUAUUCAUGAGAAAAAAUCCAUUCAGAGUCGAGCCAUAAUAAGCUAUCAGAAGGGGUUAAAUUGGGGGAGGGGCUUAUGUGCACAGUAAAACUUUUUUUUUUUUUUUUUUUUUUGUGUAACCAUCUGACUACAAUAAUAAUACUGAAAAAGAGGAUAACCUGUUUUUUGACCAACCAUUCCCUAGGUGCGACCCCAGAUAUAGACAAAUAUAUUCUUACAAGAAUUUAGUUUAAAUUGUCCUUAACUUAAUUUUAAUCUCACAUGUCCAAAUGCAAGUAAAUGCACCAUGUGAUGUAUUUGUUUGUUUCUCUAAAUGUUGUUCCACAUCAUCUCUACCAUGUUCUUGAUCAUAAUGCAGCAUUCAUACAGCAUCAUCUCACCAACUGCCAACGUGGGUCAUAAAAUUUGCCCUCCAUAGUGAAAAUAUCAUUUGCAAAAUUUACUUUACUUUUUAUUAGGGCUGUCAAAAAUAAGGCGUUAACGCCAGUAACUAAUUUAUGUAAUAUUUUUAAAACAAUUAACAAACGCGUGACAUGACAAGCCCAAUAUAGCCGCCAUUUCUCUGUUAUGACGGCGGGACGUGGAGAGGUGAGAUGGAAAAGAUGGGACAGCUGGCUCUUCUAUUGAUGGAUUUGAGAAUAAACACAACAAACACGUUUCUGCUCUAGUAGCUUUCUGGUCGUCUCUGUUUGUGCAGCAGCUGCUUCCUCCCUCUCCUCUCAUGUUGUUCCGUGAAUCAUGAUGGCUGUCGGUGAUCAGCUGACUGGCAUUUCUCUUAUGUUGCGUUUGUUUAUGAUUUACCUGAGAAGGGAACAAGCGGUUCAUGGUUCACACCGUCACAUAUUUACCUAUAAGGGGUGUUAGCAGGAUCUUCUCUAACACAGUAGCUCCCUGGUGGUAAACAGGGUUUAUACUCCAGCUAUGCAGGGGCGGGUCUAGAAAAGUUCUGAUGGGGGACCAGGCAGGAACACUGAGCAGGAAAAGGGGGGUACAAAUUAAACAUAUUUUUAGGUCUAGAUUUUGUGAAAUAUUGAACUGAUUAUGACAACUAACGUUAUUGUCUAAUAUAAAAAAGUGAUGAAAAACCUGUAAAACAAACAGCCAAUAAUCUAUUUUAUCAGCAAUGUUUACUUUGGGUGAUGCUGCUGUAGGACUUUUAUCACUGCUGCACAAACACUCACUUUUUUCUCGCCGCAAACCAUGUGACUACCGCCGUCACCACGGCAACCACAACCCGCAUCAAGAUGUCAUUACAAA